AUGAGAAUAGUUGUUGCCUUUGUUUUCAUUGCUAUAGUGACCAUCAAAAUUAGCUUCUGCAAAGGAAGCUCUUCUGUUGGUUGUCUCCAAAGCGAGAGACUAGCACUUUUAAGGUUCAAGCAAGAUCUCAUUGAUCCUGUGAAUCGCCUUUUCUCUUGGACUUCUGGCCAUGGAGAUUGCUGUGCAUGGUCUGGUAUUGUCUGUGACAACUUUACAGGCCAUGUGCUUGAGCUCAACCUUAGAACUCCCCCAGCUGUGGAAGAGUAUGCAUCUUCAGCUUCAGAUAAAGCUCGUGAAAGGUCAAAGUUGUCCGGUAAGAUAAAUCCUUCUUUGCUUGAUUUGAAGCAUUUGCGUUCCUUGGACUUGAGUGAUAAUAAUUUUGAAGGAGUAGAGAUUCCUAGAUUUCUUGGAUCUAUGCAGAAUUUAAGAAACCUCAAUCUCUCUCUAAGUUCAUUCCAGGGUAUGAUUCCUCCCCAACUUGGAAAUCUCUCUAAUUUACAGUAUCUUUGCUUGGGUCCAAUCCCAGACGGACUUCAAAACUUGACUUCCAGUAGACAUCUUGAUUUAUCUGAUAAUCCUUUGAACUCCUCAAUGCCCAGUUGGUUGUACAGACUUGAAAAUCUGGAGGAACUUUUCCUUUCAGAUAGUAGCUUGCAAGGCUCGAUGGAUGGACUAGGAAACCUGUCUUUGAUCAAAGUACUUGAUCUCUCACUAACUAAUUUUGAAGGAGGAAUGCCAACAUCAUUUGGACGACUUUGCAACUUGAGAUCAAUCUCUCUCGAUCUAGUCAUAUUGAAUCAGGAAAUAUCUCAAGUUUUGAAUAUUUUCUCGGCAUGUGUUGUUGAAGUUCUAGAGUCUUUAGACUUGGGGUACACUCAGCUUUUUGGUCCAUUGACCGACCAACUUGGACGGUUUAAAAGUUUAAAAUUUCUUAUUCUAUUUUACAAUUCAAUUUCAGGUCCUAUUCCGAGGAGUUUAGGACAACUUUCAUCCUUACAAAUUCUGUAUCUUUCCUAUAACGAAUUCAAUGGAACUCUUUCUGAAAUGCACUUUAUCAAUCUCAACAGACUGAUAGCAUUUGAUGCAUCUGGAAAUUCGUUAUUGUUGAAAUUUCCUCCGCAGUGGGUUCCUCCAUUUAAACUUCGACUUUUAGGACUAGGAUCUUGUAAUUUGGGGCCCCAUUUUCCGUCUUGGCUUCAAUCACAAAGCAGUUUGUUUUACCUUGAUAUAUCCAACUCAAGUAUUUUUGACACUAUUCCACAAUAUUUGUUGAAAUUUCCAUUAACAUUUUUAAAUCUCUCGUACAACAAAUUCUACGGGGGGAUUCCAAAUUUAAGUCAGUCGACUCAACUUGAUUUACUUGACUUGAAUUCAAAUAAUUUAACAGGUUCCUUACCUCUCAUACCCUUAAAUAUGUAUGUACUCUAUCUUUUCAACAAUUCUUUGUCAGGAUCAAUUUUCAAUGUUUUGUGCAAUGGGUUCAAGUCCAAAAGUUUGAUUACAAUACUCACCCUUAGUAACAACUUUUUGUCAGGGGAAUUACCUGAUUGUUGGAUGAAUUGGCAACAGUUAGUUGUUCUAAAUUUAGAGAACAAUAGAUUUAUUGGAACUCUUCCUCCUUCUAUUGGGACUUUAACUUCUCUUCAGUCAUUGAGCCUUCGCAAAAACAACUUUUUUGGAGAACUACCGAUGUCACUUCAAAAUUGUACAGACAUUGUUAAACUUGAUCUUGGUGAAAAUGAGUUUGUUGGAAAUGUCCCUGUGUGGAUAGGUGAAAGACUUUCAAGAAUACAGAUUUUCAUCAUUCGAUCAAAUAAGUUUCAGGGUCUUUUACCGAGAGAAUUUUGCCUUCUCAGUUCCUUACAAAUUUUAGAUUUGGCUGAUAACAAUUUUUUUGGUAGCAUACCAAGGUGUAUAGGUAAUUUCAGUGUCAUGACGCCGGAGGGUGAAAUGGAUGAUGCCAUAAUUGAAGGGGUAGAUAUAGAUUUUUAUACAGGUUAUAUGGAGGAUGCAUUACUUGUGAAUAAAGGUGAAAUGGCUGAAUAUAAUACAAUUCUGAAAUUUGUAAGAGUUAUAGAUCUUUCAAAAAAUAACUUCUCUGGAGAGGUUCCUAUGGAAGUGACAGAUCUUUUAGCACUGCAAUCAUUGAAUUUGUCACACAAUUCUUUGACUGGCAGAAUUCCGGAGAACAUUGGUGCUAUGAGUUUUUUAGAGUCCAUCGAUCUUUCUGGAAAUCAACUUUCUGGUGAAAUCCCAUCAAGCAUUUCAAAUCUGACAUUUUUGAGUGUCUUGAACUUCUCCAACAACAAACUUUCUGGAAAAAUUCCUUUGAGCACUCAAUUACACAGCUUUAGUGCAUCUUCUUUUACUGGAAUGAACUUUGUGGUCCUCCUCUUUCCAAUAAUUGUACAGAUUCUGGAGUUUUAUAGGACCUCUAUUCUUCAACAGGAGAUGGAGGUGCAUGUAUUUCCAAUUCCUGAAUCACCUCCAGGAGAAACUGGGCAGUGUUGUAAGAAAAUGUUGCUAGACUUUCUGUGUUUUUGUUUUGAUCUUUGA